AGGCCAUUAGCAUGCAGGAGCCGCGCGCGCCGUCCUUGAAGGGCUGCCCGGCUGACCUUGCUCUGCUUUCUCUCGAGCAAUCUCUAGGAGCGUGCGAGGACGCGUUCACGGUGGUGACUCAGUGCCCAGCGCGCCGCAUGCAAAUGAUCCUCUCCAGCAAGUCCAGCUCCGCAGCCUCAGCUUCCCCUUUCUGCCCUCUUUUGAAUUCUACGAUUCCAACCCAGCGUUUUCGCUCCAACCCUUCCCCCUCUCCACGGCCCGCUUGUCAUUAGUCUGACUCCCGGAGUGUUUUGUCCCCCAUCUCCCAUGCCCAGAACUGAAGGCCAACCUUUGCGCUUCCUUGCUGAGGGCCGGGGAUCAGACGUGGCCCACCUUAGGUGAGCCCCAAGCCCUGGGUGACCGCGAUCUGAGCCCAGCCGGAGGGGGCGGUAAACGGCGCGCUGGAGCGCACGGGCGGACCGAGCCCAGCCGGAUCCCCAUUGGCCAUCACCUCAGCGGGAGGGGCCGCCCCCGGCUCGGGGCACCUGCCGUCGCCCCUCCGCGGGGAAAUCGGCAGCUGCCGGGCACCGGCUCCCGGAGGUAGAGGCAGCGGAGGGAAGGCCUGGGGCUGUGUUCGAGCUUCUCGCGGGCGGCCCUGUCCUAGCUCUGCUGCAGCGCCAGAGACAUUCGGAUGCCCCCUGCUCGGGCUGCGCCAGCCGGAAACUUUGCCGGGCGAAGUCCGCCGCCCGCCUGACCACGCUGUGAGACGCCGGUUCGGCCGCGCGCCGCCGGGGUCUCAGAAGCCAGCGCGUGAUUGCCGGGCCUCCCCGCACCCCGCGCCUGCGGCGCCCCGCGACCAGGAUGCGCUACGCAGACCCCUCUGCCAACCGGGAUUUGUUGGGGAAUCGAACUUUGCUCUUCAUCUUCAUCUGCGCCUUCGCCUUGGUGACCUUGCUGCAGCAGAUCCUCUAUGGCAGGAACUACAUCAAGAGAGGCCUCCAGUUUGGUUGGCAGAGUGGCGACCAACUGACCAAUUGGACGGGGCUCUUUAAUGCCACCGACGACCCAGCAGUGCAGAGCAGCAGUGACUCCAGCUCCAGGUACUUUGAAUUUUACGAGGGGCCUUUUGAGUAUAACUCCACCAGAUGCCUGGAGCUGAGGCACGAGAUCUUGGAAGUGAAGGUGCUGUCCAUGGUGAAGCAGUCGGAGCUGUUCGACAGGUGGAAGAGUCUCCAGAUGUGCAAGUGGGCUAUGAACAUCUCCGAAGCCAACCAGUUCAAGUCCACUCUGUCCAGGUGCUGCAAUGCCCCCGCCUUCCUCUUCACCACCCAGAAGAACACGCCACUGGGGACAAAGCUCAAGUACGAGGUGGACACCAGCGGCAUCUACCACAUCAACCAGGAGAUAUUCCGCAUGUUUCCCAAGGACAUGCCCUACUACCGGUCCCAGUUUAAGAAGUGCGCGGUGGUGGGCAACGGAGGCAUCCUCAAGAACAGCCGCUGUGGGAGGGAGAUCAACAGCGCUGACUUUGUCUUCCGGUGCAACUUACCCCCCAUCUCAGAGAAGUACACCGUGGAUGUGGGGGUGAAGACAGACGUAGUCACGGUGAACCCCAGCAUCAUCACGGAGAGGUUCCACAAGCUGGAGAAGUGGCGGCGGCCCUUCUACCGCGUGCUGCAGGUGUACGAGAACGCGUCGGUGCUGCUGCCCGCCUUCUACAACACGCGCAACACCGACGUGUCCAUCCGCGUCAAGUACGUGCUGGACGACUUCGAGUCGCCGCAGGCAGUCUACUACUUCCACCCGCAGUACCUGGUCAACGUGUCGCGCUACUGGCUCAGCCUGGGCGUGCGCGCCAAGCGCAUCAGCACUGGCCUCAUUCUGGCCACCGCGGCGCUGGAGCUCUGCGAGGAGGUGCACCUGUUCGGCUUCUGGGCCUUCCCCAUGAACCCCUCCGGCCUCUACAUCACCCACCACUACUACGACAACGUCAAGCCGCGCCCUGGCUUCCACGCCAUGCCCUCCGAGAUCUUCAACUUCCUGCACCUGCACAGCCGCGGCAUCCUCCGCGUGCACACGGGCACCUGCGGCUGCUGCUGACGCGGCCACGCCCGGCUGCCCGCAACCGAACCACCUCUCCUCUCCCUCCUGGCGGAACUGGGGGCCCCUGGCCCGGCAGUGCAGGGGCCUGUGGUCAGGCUGUCGCUCCCUCAGUAGUUCAGCUUUGUGCUUAGGUCCUGGGGCCCGGAGAUAGGGCUGGGGUGGGGACAGAAUCCGCUCUGUCCUAGGCCUGCUGGGCCUGCACUCUCUGCCUCCAUCAGCCCACAGGGCGCAUUUUGUUGGGCCACGUCCCCAAAUCAGGGGCCUAGGAGUUGCAGGCGAAUAAAGCACAUUUCCACUCAAUUUUAGCUUCUGAGAGAGCACGGACUGAAGUGGCCUUGUGGCUAAAGGAUGACCCUAAGGGCCAGGGGGAGGAAACAGGACAUCUGAGCACAGUCAAGAUUUAAUUCAGGCUUUGGACUCUUGACUUUUAUACCACGGACUAGCCAUGGGUUACUAUCUCAGAGCUUAAGGCCAACCAGCGACCAGACCUUCCAGUGAAGAAAGAACCGUUGCGAGCUCUCAGGGUUAGCAACCCGGUUGCACCGCCUGAGCUGGCCCACGGCCUGGGUUAUUUUCAUCCCGAGAGCCAGCGGCUGAAGACAACCACACCCUUUCAAACACAUCCUGGGACACACACAGUCUUGGUGCCUCUAGGUUCCAUCCUGCAUUUGACCUCUUGAUGAGAAGGAAAUAAAGCAGUCCAGCCCUUUGCACUAAGGUUUCCAAGCCAAUGCUAUCGACUCAAUAAGUGCUUAGCAAUUUGCUUCCUCUUCUGUCUCCCUAUUUUCAGCUCCAUUUUAUCCAGGAGUUAUUUAUAAAGAUGCGUUCCUCUUGAUGUUCCUGAAUACUGCAGAAUCCUGCUAUACUGUGUUCCUGAAUGGGGACAAUCAGCUGCAAAGUGUUGCCUUGUCACAUGAGCUUAGCGACUGGAAGCAAGGUGGGGCCUCUGACACCAGCAUCCCUGAGGUUUCUGCUGUGAAGUGGGACCCCCUGCAGUGCACAGGGACUUGUGGGGCCUGGGCUUCUGGAAAUCAGCGUGCCUAGGCUGAGAGCGGUCCCUUGUCAUUUUACAUCUGAAAUCCUUCCCUCUGCUUCUCCCUUCCCCCCAGGUUUCCACCAUGAUUGUGAUUGUGCCUAACAGACUCUGUUGGUGAAUUGUCUUAGAACGUGGCUUUGUGGAAGUGUAGAUGUCAGUACUAGGAGGCUUUGGCCUGCCCGUCCCUCUGUCCUUCCUUUCCUCCUCCCUUCCUCCUUUCCCUCUCUUCCCUUCCCCUUCCUUCCCUUCUUCUAUUCUCUCUUCCCUCUUCCCUUCCUCCUUUCUUCCCUCCCUCCCUCUGACAUUUCUGAAGGACCUGUUCUGGUCUUUGGUUGACCUUGGGAAGGCAGAGGUGACAAAGGCACCGUCCCUGUUCCCUGGGGUGGAGGCAGAUUGCACACAUAUUACAGUCCUGGGAGAGGAGCUGUGAGCACAGCAGGGAGGGGGACCUUCUACCUGGUUACCUCAUUUUACACGCAGAGCCACAGGGAAACCUGAAAACAGAAAAUAUGGAACUGGAAGGGUUUUUUGGUUUUGUUUUGUUUUGUUUUUGUACCAGGCAUUGAACUCAGGGGCACUUGAACCACAUCCCCAGCCCUUUUUCAUAUUUUAUUUAGAGAC